AACCGAACCCACGCACCACCAGGGAAGAGGAGAGGAGGCGGCGAAAGACAAGAGAAAACGCAGACGCCGCCGGGAGGAGAGCGCAGCGUGGGAGCAAGGAGCAGCAGCCGACAGGCAAUGGGCAACAGCAUCGGCGGCCGGCGUAAGGGCGCCAAGGUGAUGCAGCUGGACGGCACCGCCUUCCGGGUGAAGCCGCCGGCGUACGCGGGCGCCGUGCUGCGCGACCACCCGGGCUUCCAGCUGCUCGAGUCGGAGCAGGUCAAGCUGCUCGGCGUGCGCGCGCGCCCGCUCGAGCACGACGCGCUGCUCCGGCCGGGCCGGCUCUACUUCCUCGUCGCGCUGCCCCGCCCCACCGUGCCCCCGCGCCGCGCGUGGUCCGGCGCGCUCCACGUCGGCGCGCGCGAGAGGCUCGAGUCGCUCAUGCUCACACGCCGCUCCACCUCCGACCUCACCUUCCCGACCUCGGCCGGUGCCGGCACCGCGCCGCCCUCUCCGAUGUCCACCUCCUCCGAGGGCGGGCCAGUCCAGCUCAGAAUGCGCCUGCCCAAGGCGCAGGUCGCCAAGCUUAUGGGCGAGAGCCGGGACGCCGCCGAGGCGGCCGCUAAGAUCAUGCAGCUCUGCGCCGCCAACGGCGCUGUGACGCCGGAGCGGAGCCCGCAGUUCCUGCCGACGGCGGACUGGGGCACUGGUGGGUUCGCGCAGACGCCAGAGCGGAGCCCUCGGUUCGUGCCGACGCCGGACUGGGGCGCCGGCAGGUUCGCGCAGACCCCAGAACGGAGUCCCAGGUUCGCCGUGACGCCCGAGUGGGAUGCCAGGUUCAUGAUGCCAACGCCGGAGAGGGGCGCAGAGACGGCGAAGACGCCGGAUAAGUGGUCCGCUCUACCCCGCACGCCGGAGUAUGCAUCAGCAGACGUCAAGGCCAGCCGGAAGGAGAAGCGAACGCGGUUCGUGGCCUUGCCGGAUGAGAUCAUAGCAUGAUGACUUUCCCCCCACCUGAAGCGAGAGAGGUAACUAUUGGAGAUGAGAGGGCAACGUGCUGGUUUCACAAGUCAUUUUCUUGCAAGUGAUAGAUCGAUGGACCACAGAUUGCCGGAGUUGGAGAUGAGAGGCCGCCGACGGUUUCAUGCCUCGCGCCUCGACCGCUUCUUCUUCAUACGGCAUGGAGCGUCCUUUUCCUCUAUGUUUGUUUAUCUUUUCUCGCAGCUAAAUUAGCCUCAACCUGGGAUAACAUUGCUGCGAACUGUGGUGCUCUCUGUAGUUAGCUUAGGGGAGAUGUAUAUGGACUGGACCUCUACGUAUAAACAUAGGAGCACAUAUGAUCCUUCCUGUGCAUGACGUUGGAGAUCAGACCCGCCGUUGUUGACGUCGUCGGGUCGUCUCCCAACCUUGCUGCAUUGGGCUUUCGCAUGUCGCGUGGUAUCCGGUCAUGUUUUCCUUUUUGUAAAUAUAUACUUGGUUCAAGACGAAUAAUAAUGGAUGUAAUGUAAGUGAA